AUGGAGAUCGCAUGCGCUUGUGCAUUUGCAACAUUGUCAUCCAUUCAGGACCAAGACGACAGUUUCAGGACGAAGAGAAAAACUGAGCGGGAAUCAAGUGAACCUGUUAGUAACCACGUUGCAGACAACGGGAAGGAGGGGAUUCUUUGCCUGACCCGCAGCAGGCUUGCGAGUGAAAAGGAGAAGCAGACAUGCAAGUUCAUUGGGAAAUUGCACAAAUCAAGCCUAGUAAUCCGGGGCGAAAAGGAUGAACAAGCAGUGUUGUGCAGCAAAGAUAAAACUUAUGAGAUGAAAAUAGCAGAUACGUCAAAUAUGCUGCUGUUUAUUCCUGGUUGCAAAACUCCAGAACAGCUGAAUGCAGAUCAAGUAUCUUGUAAUAUUAUUCAUUCACAGAUUGCUGGCUUCUCCAAUAACUAUUGGGAAUUAAGGAGAUGUCGACCUAAACUGAAGAAACUGAGGAAGCUUUUAAUGGAAGAUCCGUAUGAAGGGCCAGAUAGUCGGAAAGAUCAGACUUCGAUAACUUCAAAGUAUACAACAGAAGAUUUGCUAAGUCUGAUUCAAGCAAGUGAAGAAGAAAUACUGCACCAAUUGCAGGUUAUAGAUGCCUGCAGAAUUGAAGGAUAUUGGAGAAUUCUAGAGUUUGACUAUGAGAUGAAACUCUUGAAUCAUGUGACUCAGCUGAUAGACUCAGAGUCCUGGUCUUUAAAUAAGGUUCCUUUACGUACCUGCCUUGAGGAACUUGGACCUUUAGAGCCCACAGAGAUGAUAGAACAUAUUCUUUUAAGCUAUGGAAAGAAAUACGUUGAUGAUGCAGGGGAGGUUUACUUUGAAAUGCGUGAAGAUAAAAUAUGCAGAGCUAUAGCACAAAUGCUUUUGCAAAAUGCAGUUAAAUUUAAUCUAUCAGAGUUUCAAGAAGUCUGGCAACAAAGUGUCCCUGAAGGGAUGACGACAAGGCUUGAUCAGCUUAAGGGCCUGGCUCUUGUGGAUAAAAGCUCAAGACCAGAGACCAUCUUUCUGCUAAAAGUAGAAGACUUGCCUGAAGAUAAUCAGGAAAGAUUUAACAGCUUAUUUAGCAUACGGGAGAAGUGGACAGAAGCGGAUAUUACCCCUUACAUACAAGACUUAUGUGCAGAGAAGCAGACGGUUGGUACUCUUCUGACAAAAUACGCUCGCUCCUCAAUGCAGAAUGGUGUUAAAGUUUAUAAUUCUAGAAGACCCAUCUCAUAACAAGCAUUGUUUGAAGAACUGAGAAUGCUGAAAGGAGUAACAGCGACUGUUGCUUGUUGCUGCCUUCUGGGGAAAGGAGUUGUCAACCGAUGUUAUACAGCGUUCUUGAGUUUAAGCAGCCAAGCUUCUUGAAUGAGUUCUGUUUUCUGCUCAGCUAAGUAGAAUGUGGGGGCACUUGCCCCUUCUGAGAAACUAUAGUGUCAGCAGCCGUUGCCCGCCUUCUUUUUCCUUUGUGUCUGUAGUUAUGCCAGGAGUCAAGCUACUUUGUGAAUAGGCUGUCUAGCCAUCAACUGAAGUCUUGACAUGAAAAAUUAAAACCUCCUUGACAAUAAUUGAAUGAAUUUAAUUGAUUUCAACAGCAAAAUGGAAUGCUUAAGUCUUUUGCCCAUUGGUGAGCAUUCUUAAAGAUUAAGAUUUCGUUGCAGCAUGGACAUUUUGAACACCGCAGACCUUGACAAGCUCAUGAACAAAUUAUUCCUGAGUGAGACUACACUAGUCUUAAUUUUGGAAGGUGGUUCUUUUUGUGGUCAUGCCUGCAAAUAACAUUGGCUUGAGCUCCUGACACUCUUAAAGCAUGGUAGAAUUGCCUUUUAAACAUUACAAAAAACCAGACUGCAAUCAAGUGUGACGAUAUGAGAGAGUAGUUAGGCACUGUGUUAUGAAUUUCCUAUAAACUGCCAUUGGCAUGUAGCUGAUGUAAAAUUAAUUUUUUACAGAAGACUACCUUUGCUUUUUAAAGAGCGCUUAUAAAACUUGGUAAUAUGUUUUCUUCUUUUUUAAAUUUCUUAUGGUAAAUAACUGCACAUAGAGCUUAAAUUUAGAGUGGGAUAUUAUUCUGCAUAGAGCAAUAAAACAGGAAUUUUUUUUUUGUGGUAAUGUCCUGAAGUGGAGUGCCUGAAAAUGAACUUGUGUGAUCAUUGAAAAGGAUCAUUUUGCGUGUCAGUGAGCCAGAGUUUAAUACUGGAUGUUUUUCAGAUAUUUUUUUGUUUGUUUUUUUAAACUU